GGUCAUCGCUGAGGGCUUGAAAGGUGGCUGAGAGCAUCGGACACCUCAGACGGCGCCGGCCCGGGCUCAGACCGCAGACGCGCCCCCUGCCCGCCAUGGCCCGGCUGUUGCGGGCGUCCUGCCUUCUCUCACUGCUCCUGGCUGGCUUCGUCCCGCCGGGCCGGGGGCAGGAGAAGUCGAAGACGGACUGCCACGCUGACGUGAGCGGCACCAUCUAUGAGUACGGCGCCCUCACCAUUGACGGGCAGGAGUACGUCCCCUUCAAGCGGUACGCUGGCAAAUACAUCCUCUUUGUCAACGUGGCCAGCUACUGAGGCCUGACAGGCCAGUACAUUGAACUGAAUGCACUACAGGAAGAGCUUGAACCAUUUGGCCUGGUCAUUCUGGGCUUCCCCUGCAACCAAUUUGGAAAACAGGAGCCAGGAGAGAACUCGGAAAUCCUACCCAGCCUCAAGUAUGUCCGACCGGGCGGGGGCUUCGUCCCCAAUUUCCAACUCUUUGAGAAAGGCGAUGUGAACGGGGAGAAAGAGCAGAAGUUCUACACAUUCCUGAAGGUGAGUGCACAGCCGCCGCUGUGCUCAGCCCAGCUGACCCUGGUUCUGGACAGAGCUGCAGUCACUCCUGGCUCCAGCCCAUGCGGAGACAAGGCCCGUGCCUUGGGCCCCUGGGGGGAUUUCCUGGCAUCUCGCAUUCCAACCAUAAGGCUUGGCAGACUCUAGGAUCUCAACAGCCCA